UCACAAAGAACCGCUGUCAUUCGAGCAAAGGAGAAAAAUUUCAUUUCACAACUAGUGCAAAUAUUUUUUCAUUCAAAAUAAAACACCAAAAUACAAAGUGUCUCGCCCUAAUUAUAGCAUUGAAUCAACAUAAAUUAUUCCAAAAAUAAGUCGCAAUCAAACGCAUUAAGCUGAAAUGCAAGUUUUACAUUCAAAUCAAUAAAUAAAACUCGAUUCAAACCAUCAGUGUCGGAAGUGAAGCUAGAAAGAAUAAGAAAAAUUACUCCAUUGGCUUUUUUUUUGUAUUAAAAAGGAAUAUUUAUUAAAAUUUUAAGUAAUCUAGGGAAUUUCAUAACAUCAUGGCUCAUCGAAUGUUGCAGUCAGCGAAAGUAAUUGAACGCUGCCUGCGUAGUUCCUACCAAACAGGCAACAUCAGUGCACACGAGCUAAGGAAGUUUUCUAGAGCCUCUAGUUCUCUUGCAGAGAAUCCACUUUUCCAAAGAAUUCUAUCGGCAGUCCGAUUAUUCAGUGAGAAGCCUCCUAAGGGCUUCGAAAAGUACUUCAAACCUGGCGGCGCUUCAGCUGCAGCCGGCAAAGAGGCCGAAGCGGCAAAGAAAACUGGCGAUGCGCCUCCCAAACGAUCACAGAGCAGUAAUAUAGAUAAAACUCCCAGCAAUGACUGGAACUUUGGAAUGUUCUCGAAUACAAAGAGUUCUGGAGGCAACAAAGGAGGCAGUGGUGGCUCGGGGAGGCCGAUUGGUGGCGAAGGAGGCGAUAAGGAAAAGUGGAUUUUUGGCGGAGCGAUAGGCGCUGUGGCUUUUAUCUCGCUGAUCGCAUUCAUGGAAAUGGGCUAUAAGGAAGUCGCUUGGAAGGAAUUUGUCAACAGUUACCUGAAUCGAGGAAUCGUUGAGAAACUCGAAGUUGUGAACAAGAAAUGGGUUCGAGUGCGACUGAUGCCAGGAAGCUCUCACGAUUCCAAUGGAAUCCUUUGGUUCAACAUCGGAAGUGUUGAUUCAUUCGAGAGGAAUCUCGAAAAUGCCCAAGUUGAGCAAGGUGUAGAGCCAGUAAAUUUCGUUCCUGUGAUAUAUAGGACUGAGGUAGAGGCUUCCAGUUUAACUGGACUACUGCCAACUUUGUUAAUCAUCGGAUUCUUGGUCUUUAUGAUGAGGCGAUCAGCAGAGAUGAUGGGCGGACGAGGUGGUCGUAAGGGAGGCGGACUCUUUGGAGGAGUAAUGCAGUCGACAGCAAAAUUAAUUAACUCCAAUGAAAUUGGAGUUCGAUUCAAAGACGUUGCUGGCUGUGAAGAGGCCAAAAUCGAAAUUAUGGAAUUUGUAAAUUUCCUAAAGAACCCACAACAAUACAUCGACUUGGGAGCAAAAAUCCCAAAAGGCGCCAUGUUAACUGGACCACCCGGAACAGGUAAAACUCUGCUGGCGAAGGCGACUGCCGGCGAAGCAAAUGUCCCAUUCAUCACAGUUUCUGGUUCGGAGUUUUUGGAAAUGUUUGUCGGUGUUGGUCCAUCGCGUGUGCGCGAUAUGUUCGCCAUGGCUCGAAAACAAGCUCCAUGCAUUCUUUUCAUCGACGAAAUCGAUGCUGUUGGACGAAAACGUGGUGGCAAGAGUUUCGGAGGACAUUCCGAGCAGGAAAACACAUUGAAUCAGUUGUUGGUGGAAAUGGAUGGUUUUAAUACCACAACGAAUGUUGUUGUCCUAGCGGCUACCAAUCGUGUCGAUAUCCUCGAUAAGGCUCUGCUGCGUCCAGGACGAUUUGAUAGACAAAUUUUCGUUCCUGCUCCAGACAUCAAGGGCAGAGCCAGUAUCUUUAAAGUACAUUUAGGUCCGCUUAAGAGUAAUUUAGACAAAAACGAUUUGGCCAGAAAAAUGGCAGCCCUGACACCAGGUUUCACUGGAGCCGAUAUUGCCAACGUGUGCAAUGAAGCAGCUCUAAUUGCCGCUCGAGACUCAAACGACUCGAUUAUCCAGAAGCACUUUGAACAGGCCAUUGAGCGUGUAAUUGCUGGCAUGGAGAAGAAAACAAAUGUUCUGGCGCCAGAGGAGAAGAAGACAGUAGCCCACCAUGAGGCGGGACACGCUGUGGCCGGAUGGUUCCUCGAACACGCUGACCCUCUUCUCAAAGUUUCCAUCAUCCCUCGAGGUAAGGGUCUGGGAUAUGCGCAAUACCUUCCUAAGGACCAGUAUUUGCUGUCAAAGGAACAGCUGUUCGAUCGAAUGUGCAUGACCCUGGGAGGACGUGUGGCUGAGGAGUUAUUCUUCCAGCGAAUCACCACAGGUGCCCAAGACGAUCUCAAAAAAGUCACCGACAGUGCAUACGCCCAAACAGUUCGAUACGGUAUGAACGAAAAAGUGGGCAACGUUUGUUUCGAUAGCAGUCAGCCUGGAGAUCCAGUCUUUACGAAGCCUUAUUCCGAGGAAACAGCACAGCUCAUUGACACCGAAGUGCGAGCUCUCAUCAAGAGUGCCCACGUCCGCACCACCGAAUUACUAACAAAGCACAAGGCAAACGUGGCCAAGGUAGCCGAACGCCUACUCAAGAACGAAGUACUCAGUCGUGAUGACAUGAUCGAAUUACUCGGACCCAGACCAUUCAAAGAAAAAUCAACCUACGAAGAAUUCGUCGAGGGAACUGGUUCAUUCGAAGAGGAUACAAGCUUGCCUGAGGGUCUCAAGGACUGGAACAAAGAAAAAGAUUCUACAACUCCACCACCAACUGGCGAAACGCCACCAAAAUCAGUUACAGCGUAAAAUGGACAACCAUUGUUUUUGUUCCCGUCCUGCGAGAGGAUUAUAACGCUUAGAGCUUGUUUUUGUAAAAUAAUAUUGUGUGGUGCCUUGCAGAAAAAACAAAAAUUAUUUACUUUGCGGGGUGACAUUGUUGUUGUUUCUUUAUUUUUAUUUUUUAUUUUAUCACAUUGAAUUGAAAGGAAAAAAAAACACUUGUUACCAAAAGAAAUCUGAAAGGAGUUACAAGAAAUAAACGAGAAAAAAAAUAGUAAAAACUAAAUUAAAAAAAUAAAUUAAUUUACAUAAAA